AUGGAUGACGACUAUGUUGCACAGAUCCUGGCCAAGGAGGCUAAGGAGAGUUCUAUAAAGUACGCAUCCCAAGGACUGAGUGCUUUUAUGCCUUCAAGGCCGACAAGCAAUGCCCCAAAACCCAACACUCGCUUCCUACGCAAUCUCAUCAAAGUGACAGACAAUCAUAACACAGCUCUCAAACUCAAGGAGGAAAGAGAAGCACGGGAGCUUCGACAGACCGUUCUUCCAAACAAUUUGAUGAUCGAAGUAAAGCGCAAGGAUCAAGAGACCAUAGAAGAAGAGAUCGUGAAGAUCGCAACCGGUCACAUCGAAAAAGAACUCGAAGCCGCUCCCCUUCGGUGGAACGAGACCGGUCGCGAAGACAUCGACGAAGAAAUGAAGAGCAUGACGGAACUGGGGAGAGAGAUAAAGAGCGCGGUGGACAUCGGCGCGAACACCGGGAUUACGAGUCAUCUAGGGGAGAUCGACGGGAUAGAGAUAAGGAGCAUACUAGACGAAGACGUGAGCGCUCAUAUUCGAGGUCUCCGAGUCGUUCUCCACACAGGGAUCGAAGUCCCGACCGCCACCGCCAUCGAAGACAAAAACUCGCACAAAUCUCGUCGGUCAAAGCGGGAAGAUGCAUCGCCACAUGGCUCCCGCCGUUCUCGCCUUGAACCCAACACGCGGCCCAAACGAUUGUCGCCGUUGCCUACUAUAGCUACACGCCAAAAUGAGAUGGACGAGGAAUCCGAUCCCCUAGAAGACCUUGUCGGACCGCUUCCUCCUCAACAGAACGAGGCACCUAUCCGCUCGCGCGGGCGUGGAGCCUACAAACAUAACAUGAGCAAUAUCGAUGCUCACUUUGCACCCGGCUACGACCCGACUAACGAUGUGCAUCUAGAGGAAGAAAAGUUACACUCCAUGGACCAGGAAUCCUCUCGUCGUCCUGUCGCAGGGCUCAUGACAAAAGACGAUGAUUGGGACAUGGCAAUGGAGGCGCUGCGCGAUCGUGAGCGCUGGAGAAAUAAGGGCGAGGAGAGACUACGUUCGGCAGGAAUUGACGAAGCAGUCAUUGAUAAAUGGAAGAAUAACACCGCUUUUGCGGGCGUGGACGGAGAAAGCAAACCGGAGGACGUACAAUGGUCGAAGAAAGGCGAAGGACGGGAAUGGGAUCGGGGCAAGUUCGUGGAUGACGAUGGGCAUAUUGAUGUUCGGGCUUCUUGGUAG